GAUAAACUGAGGGCAGGCCAAUUAAAACUGGUCAUCUCCUUUAUUUCUUUAGGAAUAAUAAACAUUUCAAUCGUGCUUUAGUUGCUAGAAGGCAUCUCUUAAAGCAAAGCCAAGCCAAGCCAAACCCAGAAAUAGAUCAGUAGGAUUCUCCACCAAAAAGAUGGUGGCUGUGUUCAACAAGGAGCACUUGAGUUGGUACCUCAUCACCCUCAAACUCAGAGAAGCUUUAGAAUCUGGGGUACCAACAACGCCUGCGGGAUUUUCAGGACAAACUCGGGAGCUGCUGCAGAAACAACAGCAGGAACCAUCAGAAUCUCUGCAAAUCGUGGUAAGACCAAAUGAUGGUGAAAAUUAUGAAGAGGAAGACGACAAUCCAACAGAUUCGGAAUGGGUGAUAUCUAUCAAGGAAAAGCUUGAGCAAGCGUGUCAAGACGAUAUUGCAGGCUCAUGGGCAAAGCUCUGCAUUUACAGAAUCCCUCACUACCUACGAGAAGGCGAUGACAAAGCUUAUGUUCCCCAGAUCGUUUCCUUGGGGCCUUACCACCACGGAAAGAGACGAUUACGCCAAAUGGAUCGCCACAAAUGGCGUGCCCUUCACCAUGUCCUCAAGCGUACUAACCAUGACAUUAAAGUCUAUCUUGAUGCUGUAAAAAAACUAGAAGAAAAAGCCCGCACCUGUUACGAAGGAUCGAUCUCUCUUAGCAGCAAUGAAUUCGUAGAAAUGAUGGUGCUAGAUGGUUGCUUUGUGCUUGAGCUCUUCCGGGGUGCUGCUGAAGGAUUCAAGCAACUGGGGUACCCUCGAAACGACCCCAUCUUUGCAAUGCGUGGCUCAAUGCAUUCAAUUCAGAGAGAUAUGAUAAUGCUGGAGAAUCAGAUUCCACUCUUUAUUCUCGAUCGGAUUCUGGGAAUUCAGUUAGGCUACCCAGACCAGAAAGGACUAGUAGCCCGGCUAACCCUCCAGUUCUUCGACCCUUUGAUGCCCACAGACGAGCCAAUGUCAAAAAGUGAUAGGAACAAAUUGGAGUCAUCGCUUGGACAUUCGACCACCUUUGACCCCUUAUCAGAUCAAGGUUGCGUUCAUUGUCUUGAUGUUUUCCGACGAAGUCUUUUGCGCACAGGGCCUCAACCGGAACCCAGGAUUUGGAUCAAGAGAUGGUCUCAUGGAAAUCGCGUUGCAGAUAAACGAAGGCAGCAAUUGAUACAUUGUGUUACAGAACUCAAGGAGGCUGGAAUCAAGUUUACGAAAAGGAGAACAGAUCGCUUCUGGGACAUAAAAUUCAAGAAUGGAAUUCUCCAAAUCCCUCGGCUCUUGAUCCACGAUGGUACCAAGUCGCUUUUUCUCAACCUGAUUGCCUUUGAGCAGUGUCAUCUUGAUUGCAGCAAUGACAUUACCUCAUAUGUUGUUUUCAUGGACAACUUGAUCGACUCUCAUCAGGAUGUGAGUUACCUCCAUUACCAUGGAAUAAUCGAGCACUGGCUUGGCAGUGAUGCCGAAGUUGCCGAUCUCUUCAACCGCCUCUGUCAAGAGGUGGUUUUUGACAUCAAUGACAGUUACCUUUCUAGUCUGUCCGAGAAUGUAAAUCGGUAUUACAACCAUAGGUGGAAUACUUGGCGUGCAAGUUUGAAGCAUAAUUAUUUCAGCAAUCCUUGGGCCAUUCUAUCAGUAGUUGCUGCUGUUGUCUUGCUGCUGCUUACUUUUGGACAGAGUUUCUACGGAAUAUAUGGCUAUUACAAGCCGAGGUGAAUCGGGUGAGUCCAAGCUUGAAGCUUGGUCUUUGGUUUGAGUUUUUUUCUUACAGAGUCCGGAAAAUGAAUACCCAGAUGUUUGAAUGUGUUUGUCUCGGUUUGCAGAGAUACUUAAUGAGGUCUCAAUAUUGAAAUUUGGUUGCCAAAUAAAUUUCAACCAAGCAGUCACCUAUCUUCU